AUGCCAUGCAUCAAGGCUAUCAUUGAGAAUAGUAAAGCGGUAUACACACCGGAGGAUACGGUUUCUGGCUAUUUAAUUGCAGAUUUCACGACCGCCACCCACGUCCGCGAGGUCUCUGUAUCCUUGAAUUGCUCCACUAUCGUUGAAAUCGCCUUUAUGUUUUCCGGGUCUUGGGAACACCCUUUAUCGGAGACUUUGAACUUCAAAAUGGACAGCCGUGUGUUCCCGCCCAAUGAUAUGCCUACUCAACGUGUUUACACGUUCCCUCCCGGGCGUCAUGUGUGGCCAUUCUCAUUUCCUCUUGCCGCUGCGGGUCCUUUGCUUUUGCCGACCUGCAAAGGACGAAAUGACAAGAAUUCCAAACAUUCUUGUUUCUACGGAAUUCACUGUAGUGUUGAUGCUGUCUUAUUGCGCAAAUCUAUUUGGAAACCCAUCGUCCGGCACACAGUCCCGCUGCAAGUAAUGCCUACAACCGACAUCUCGGUUUUGGAAUCGUCUCUUGCCAUGCCAACAUUUGUCAAGCGGGAGUGCCGUUUUGGCAGCGGUAAAACGUUUACAAAGUUCAAAAACGAUAACCAAACCGUUGUUCCGGUGCGACUAGGGGCUCUGGUGCCCUUGAUCAUCGCCCCCUCUCCGCGCCGGCCCGACCUGCAGUUUUUUUUCUGCUCCUCGUCGCCCUUGCAUAUUAGGUCAAUUACGGUGUACCUGCGGCAAGCUGUUGAGGUAUCAUUCAAAGAUUUGAACUUUAAGACGCAAGACUUGACAAGGCACGGAGUAAAGACUCAAAAGAUUGAAAAGGGCCAUACCCACCUGGACUUGUCCAAGGCUCUAAUCGGGUUCGAGUUUGAAAAUACUUUGCCCACUUUUUCUUCAAACGUGAUUCGAUGCAAGCAUUCGAUAGUAUUCGAAGUCUGUGUUUCAGAAACGAAGGGCUCUCGGAACUCCCAGGUUUUGAAGUUGGAAGUUCCUGUGGAAGUCGCUUCUUCUUACGAAGAGAUACCUAUUCCUACUUAUGCGGAAGCAAGUGUUCCCGUAUAA